AUGGUAGUUCAAACUCAAAAAUUAGAAAGCAAAAUUCAACAAAUCAAAUUAAGUCAGAUAAAACCUGAACAACCAAGUGAAAGUAAAGGUGAAAGAAAAGAUGAAAAAGGUUCAAAUGAAAAAGAUGAUCAAUUAAAGAUAAAUAAAAUAUAG